CCUGGCAACCCUGACGUCACUGGGUUGGUGAAUACUGUUUGGUGGCGGUCAUGUAAGGUUCACGUGCAAAGAACAGACUGUUACCGAACUUAAUAAAUAAAAGCGUGGUUUGGGUCCGCAGAAGUGUAGUAUCGUGUUUAGGGCGUCAUUGAAGAGCUGAAUAAUGGCAGACAGAGAUAAAGCGACGGAUCAGAUGAAACUGUGGAAGGACGGCCGCGGCUCUCAGCGGCCGGAUGUCCUGACCACUGGAGCUGGAGUCCCGGUAGGGGACAAGUUAAACUCAAUGACGGCGGGUCCUCGGGGGCCACUGCUGGUCCAGGAUGUGGUUUUUACUGAUGAAAUGGCCCACUUUGACCGAGAGCGGAUACCAGAGAGAGUCGUGCACGCAAAAGGAGCAGGAGCUUUUGGCUACUUCGAAGUGACCCAUGACAUCACACGCUAUUGCAAAGCCAAAGUGUUCGAACAUGUGGGAAAGACAACACCCAUCGCUGUUCGUUUUUCCACUGUGGCUGGUGAGUCUGGGUCAGCAGACACCGUCCGAGAUCCUCGAGGUUUUGCAGUGAAGUUCUACACCGAUGAGGGCAACUGGGAUCUUACAGGAAACAACACCCCCAUCUUUUUUAUCAGGGAUGCACUUCUGUUUCCGUCCUUCAUCCACUCUCAGAAGCGGAAUCCGCAGACUCACGUGAAGGAUCCGGAUAUGGUUUGGGAUUUCUGGAGUUUACGUCCCGAAUCGCUGCACCAGGUGUCUUUUCUGUUCAGCGAUCGGGGAAUUCCGGAUGGCUACCGUCAUAUGAACGGAUAUGGAUCGCAUACCUUCAAGCUGGUCAAUGCUCAGGGUCAGUCGGUGUACUGCAAGUUCCACUACAAGACGGAUCAGGGCAUUAAGAAUUUGCCAGUUGAAGAGGCUGACCGUCUGGCUUCUUCCGACCCGGAUUACUCCAUCAGAGAUCUCUACAAUGCCAUCUCCAACGGCAACUUCCCAUCCUGGACUUUCUACAUCCAAGUCAUGACCUUUGAGCAGGCGGAGAACUGGCAGUGGAAUCCUUUUGAUUUGACUAAGGUGUGGCCCCAUAAAGACUUCCCUCUGAUUCCUGUGGGACGCUUUGUGUUGAACCGAAACCCUCUCAACUAUUUUGCUGAGGUCGAGCAGCUGGCGUUUGAUCCCAGUAACAUGCCGCCUGGCAUUGAGCCCAGCCCGGACAAGAUGCUGCAGGGGCGUCUUUUCUCUUAUCCAGACACACAUAGGCAUCGGCUCGGAGCGAAUUACCUCCAACUGCCCGUCAACUGCCCCUACCGCACCCGAGUGGCAAACUACCAGAGAGAUGGACCCAUGUGCAUGUACGACAACCAGGGGGGAGCUCCUAACUACUUCCCCAACAGCUUCAGUGCUCCUGAGACCCAGCCGUGCUUCAUCGAGUCCAAGUGUAAAGUGUCUCCUGAUGUGGACCGAUACAACAGCGCAGACGAUGACAAUGUGGCACAGGUGCGCACGUUCUUCACGGAGGUGUUGAAAGAAGCCGAGCGAGAGCGUCUGUGUCAGAACAUGGCCGGCCAUCUGAAAGGGGCUCAACUGUUUAUUCAGAAACGCAUGGUGGAAAACCUGAUGGCCGUUCACCCUGAUUACGGCACUCGCGUUCAAAGUCUCCUGGAUAAAUACAACGCUGAAGGGAAAAAGAACACUAUUCAUGUUUAUUCUCGUGGUGGACCGUCCGCUGUGGCUGCAGCUUCUAAGAUGUGAUUUCAGAGUGCUCUCUGCACACACACACACACACACACAAACACAUUCAUUCUCUUAUAGAGUGUGAUAUAGAGUCAUGAUGUUUAAUUCAUUCCUUGCGUACUGUAGAAAUACAGAAAUCAUAUCUAAUAUGGCCAGUUCACAACAUAAGUGAUAUUAGCAAAUGCAGCACUGAUUCCUUAAUCAUGAUUAAUGCUCUCAAACCAAAUUGAGGCCUUUGAUGAAUAUGCAAGUUUGAGCUAAUCCUGAACUAUCAGCCUGUUUCAGUAUAUUUCUACAUUUUGAUUGUAUGCAAAAUGUAGCAAAUAAUAAUUUGAGAAUGAACAGCAUAUGUGUUUAACAUUAAUAAUAUGUGAGCCUUUUGAUGGUUUGUUGAUUUUUUUUUUUUUUUUCUUUAUAUCUUGGCUACUAAUGCCGUUUAAUUUUAAAUAAGAGAAAUUAACUCUUUCCGUCCCUUUUGCCUUAACAGAAUAUAAUUCAGUUCUGAUAUUGCGAAUGUAACAUCUUUGGACAUCUUGUAAUUAAUAAAACUGGAUAUUUGAUCUCUA